CAUAGAUCACAGGAUGUAUUCAGAUCAUGUAGGGAAAAAGAGACAUUAAAAGAGUUUGUAGAUUGUUUGUAGAUCCGAGGGUCCUAGUUUAUUUGGAUUUUAGUUAAUAAGAACAAAACCCUAAGAAAAUCGCAAAUUAGGUUUUGCUAAAUUACAGAUGGUGGAGGAGGACGACGUCACCGGCGGUGUAAGAGUCCCUAGUCACCGCUACGAUCUCCGUAGCAAAAUCGCAAGAGAAGUAGACAUAAUCAGCUCUCUACCAGAUGUGAUCCUCCAACAUAUCCUCUGCUUUAAUCCGAUCGAACUAGCCAUCAGAACUUCCCUCUUGUCCAAGCGAUGGAGGUAUGUAUGGUGCGAUACACCUUCUCUCUCAUUCAAUGGUGGCACACUUAAGCUUGCUUCGUUAUACAAAACCCAAAAUCGUUAUACAGCUCCCAAGAUGAUGAAUUUGCAAAUCCGAGCCAGCGAGAACCGCGAUAUUCCAAACCUUAACAGUUGGAUCGAAUUGGCCAUGUCCCGCAACGUGGAGAAUAUGUCCCUAGAAAUGGUUUCACACUUGGUUGACAAGUAUGAUAUUCCUGAAUCCUUCUACGUCAAUACCUCUCUCAAGCAACUCAACUUUGAGUUCUACUUUGCUGAUCUGAUUCCUAGACGCUCCGUGUCUUGGACAUCUUUGAAGAAGCUGUCUUUGCGUUUUUGUAAACUCUCUGAUGAAUCCGUAGCUAAGUUUUUAUCAGGUUGUCCUAUCCUCGAAAGCUUAACUUUGUAUUUCUGUGAUGAACUGAGGGUUCUUGAUCUUAGCAAGUUGCUGCGGCUACGAACAUUACAAGUUGUCCGCAACUUUUGGGGUACAGAUCCAUUGAAGAUUGUGGCACCACAAAUCCAUCGUCUCAUAGUGAGAAACUCUCAGUUUCCAUGUACUUUAGUUGAUGUCUCGUCUUUGACCGAAGCUAAAGUGAACAUUUGCUUUGAGUCACUUGAAAGAAACCUCGAGGAUGAUUCUCUUCAAGUCAAGGUGCUAGAAAAGUUUCAAAACGUAGAGAAACUUACCAUUGGGGGAGACUUUCUUCAGAUGGUAUCGUUUGCGGAGCUUCGUGGUGAACCUUUUCCGAUGUUCAAGGUCAAAGAUUUGACUAUUGAGACAUCGAUUUUUCAGUUUGUUAUUCCUGCUGGUAUAAAACGAGUGUUACAAAACUCACCUGAUCUAAAGAAGCUAACAAUACACACAAGAACUUGUGACACCAUGCCGGGGAACUAUAUUGAUAGGCGCUUGGAUUCGCUAGACUCAGAUCCGGAUCCGGAUCAAUGCUUGCAAUCAGAAGAUAGGAUAUUUCGGAACAAGUCUCGUUGGGAUGUAAAGACGAAGCACGUGGCUUCAUUCAUGGAACUUAUGCUGAAAAACACAAAGAGAUUAGAGAAAAUGAUCGUACACUUGGAAGACCGUUACCUUAAAGCAAGAGGGUUUAAAAGUCUGACUCGCACACUUUCUCGCAACAGCGAUGUCUCCAUUGUGUUCUCAACCAAACCGACAAGAUCAGAUGAAUGGGGAAUCAUAGGAUUUAAAUUCGAUUAAAUUGUUUUCAUUGUUCCGCAAUUACACUAACA